GUACUCUCCACCACUAGCCGACCACACGAUGCCGCCUGCGCCGUUCCGAGCGACAAUGGCCAAGAAGCGCCCCUCGUCGGCGCCGGGCAUGCUCUCGCGCCGGAGCCUGCUGCGCGGGGCGCUGACGGGCAGCCUGGUGAUCCUGGUGCUCUACCUCGUCUUCGGGCCGUCGCGGGGGCCGGCACGCGCACAGGGGGCGUCUUCACGCAACACUGCGCACAGGACAGAAGGGAGCGCGUGGGUCGACCUCGGCGAGAACGUGCCCUGGACUUCGUUUGACGGGGGCAUUGAAGGCUACUCGGUCUUCUCGGACCUCUACUUCUCCGGCGGGGCGCUCGUCGCCGUCGUGCCGGACGAGAAGGCCCGCGCGGCCCUGCCCAAGCCCAUGGCUAUCAUGUCUGCCGAACAAGGCGGCCCGGCGCGCGCCGACAGAUGGACGACGGCGGUCGGGGCCGAGCUCGCGCGCGCAGAGUUUGGCCAGCGCGUCGUGCGCCUCCCAGGCGUCACGUACAUCUUCAACGACCCCCCUGGGACUGCCGGCUUCAUGGACCCCGCACUGACAGUUAGUCACUUUUUGCCAGAAGUGUUCAUCCCCGCGGCCCGUGCGGUCGCGUCGACAAUCGACGACCAAACGUCCAUCGAGAGCAUCUACCCCAGCCGGCUCAUGUUCCCGCGCUGCGGCGUCGACAAGAGCUGGCGCGACAACCAGUCACUGAACGCAUGGUUCAUCCAGCGCGCGCUUCCUGGGGUGCCGAUCGAGGACAAGAUGACGUGGGACGACAUGUCGGCCGGCGAGGUCGGGUACAUCUUUGACAAGGUCGUCAUUGUCGACCGACGCUCGGCCCACUCGGUGCAGGGCGACGUGAGCCGCUGGGGCAAGAUGAACGGCAACAUGCCGUCCGUGCCCGCGCCUCUCGACUUCUUCGCGCCGUUCAGCAGCAACAUGAUCGAGUCGGUCGGCGACCUGCUGCCCAACGUGGGCAAGUACGACCUGCCCGUCGUGGUCUACAUCGACAAGGACGGCAAGCCUGGCCUCGCGCCAGGAUCGCACAAGGCGUUGGUCGAGGCGCUCAAGGGCCUGACAGAUAUCGCCGAGGUGCACGUUACGAAGAUCAAGGCCAUGACGCGGUCGCAGAAGGUCGCGCUCAUGUCGCGGACGACCAUCUUGAUCUCGGUGCACGGAGAAGAGCUGCUGCAGAGCGUGUGGAUGCCGCCCGGGGACGGCGCGACGGUUAUUGAGAUCUUCGAGGACGCGGGCUUCCAGCCGGACAAUGCGCUCCUCGCCGGCCUGCUCAACCUCGGAUACAUCCCAAUCCAGGAGAAGCACCGCCUGCGUAACUGGCGCGAGCUGAGUGGCAGCCUACGCGGCCCAGGCAAGGAUUCGCAGGAUCUGAGAGUCGACUCGAAGGCGCUGGUUGGCAUCAUAAGGGAUGUCUUGGUCAACAAGGAGAAGAGCAAGUAUUUCCAGCAGGACGUUUAGGGUUGGGCGAAGGUCUAGAUAGACACUACCAUUACAGCAUGCA